CCGAGCUUUCGAGGGAAUUGGUUGGGUGCCUGAGGCAAGAAAGUGAAAUCAUCCACUCAGAGCUUCGCCAAUUGGAAUUGGGGAGAGCCCCAGUCCAAGUACCGCUAUCGCCGUGACGAGAGACCUGGACCUUGGGCUUUGCGCUUCGAGGUUGCGCAGUUACAGACACCACACCAUCACCACAUAGAUUGGACAGAGGCUUCGGGCCGCACAACCGUCACGAUGCCCGUUCCCUUCGAGACUCUCAUUCCCUAUGUCAUCAUCACUGCCAUGUUUGGCGUGACUGGUGCUGGGCUGAGCGGAAUCAGACACUACGCCGGUGGCGGAAAGAAGCACAGAUGGUCCCUUGAUACCUGGGACAGGCGCAGUGAUGGACCGCGACAGACGACUUACAGGAGUCUUGCGAGGGCAAACAGACAAUGCCAUAGCCCCGCCAGGCUUCGAAGUCAAUCAGCCUUGGAGAGGCGAGAAACGCUUCUCCUAAUCAACACGGAUGGAGGCGGCGUAAAGAAGGCACUGGUGUCGAAAGAAGAGGGCGCACAUAUGAUAGACCGCGAACGACCUCAUUCUCAUGAUCCUCUUCGACACCAUGGUGGUGUACAAAAUGUUAAAUCUGUAUCUGGGGCCGGUUCUUGUUCAGCCCCUCCAGGAGCGUGCAUGCUUGACAUAUCUCCUGGCUUGACAUGUACCCGCAGCGCUUGCACUGUCCUAGAACCUGUCGUCCUCCCUUUGAUGGAGCACUGGCAGUUCUGAUGGGUAGUUCCCUUUGUGUCUCCUUCUCUCCUUGCUUUGGCUUAGGUAUUUUCUUUGUGACGUCGACCUCUAGCUCUGCGUACUCUUCGUUCUCCCUGAUCUGCUUAUCCAAG